AUGUCUUUGUGUAAUGCUAACAAGUUACGACACCAACCAUGGACAGAUAUAUUCACUGGUGAUAGUUGUAUUGAUCGCCGAAAAUGUCGCCGCACUGUACCUAUGAAGGUCCUCGCAUUGGGUGUUGGUCGCACAGGAACAGCCUCUCUCCGAACUGCCUUACACCAAUUAGGCUACAUAAAAACCUACCACAUGAUGUCAGCUAGCAUUGAAAACCCCCCAGAUUGCCUCAUGUGGCUUGAUGCGCUGGCAGCAAAAUAUGACGGGGUUGGAAAGUUUGGGCGUAGGGAAUGGGAUCAACUACUUGGAGAUUGUCAGGCAGUCUGCGAUUGGCCAGCUUGCGCAUUUGCAAAAGAGCUCAUUGAGGCUUAUCCGAAUGCGAAAGUCAUUCUGACUACGAGGGACGUCGACUCAUGGCAUACAUCUACAAUGAAAACGGUAUAUUGGCGUGCUACCGAUGUCGAACACAAGUUCGUUUCAAAUUUUAGCUGGGCAGCAAGCAUGUACUAUCCCAUGAUUAAUAAAUUUUUUGCAACAUUCUUCCACAACGACUUCCCCAACCAGGGGAAACAAAUUUAUCGUGAGCAUCUGGCCGAAGUUCGCAGCCUAGUACCACCUGAACGAUUGUUGGAAUUCAAUGUCAAAGACGGAUGGGAGCCACUCUGCGAAUUCCUAGGAGAGGAAAUACCGGAAAACCCGUUUCCACGUUCGAAUGAUAUUGCCAACUUUAUCGAACGAAGCCGAAGACGUAAUAGGAGACAGAUGCUAAAUGCGGUCCUGCAGCUAUUCACUGUGGUAUUAAAGCUGUUGAUUAUCUUUUUUAUUGGCCAUUACGCCCUGAGGCGGUUUGAUGUCGUACCGAAAUUUCCAGCGGCAUUGAAUGAGACAAGUUUUUGGACUGGUCGGACCACUACGUGUUGAUAUAAUGAGUCUGCUUUAAGUCUGGGCGGCGAGAAUAUACUUCAAUGUUAGGACAAGCAGACAUCUGGACGUUCUUACAAAAAUACCGCGGGC